ACCAGUCAAACUAUCCCCAGAUUUCAAGUUCGGACUUUUCUAAUUUCUUCCAAAAUCUAGGGUUUUGCUACCGAAAAAAUAUCCCCAAUUGCUAUUCUUCUUCCUUCUCUUUCUUAAUCUCUCGUCUCGAUUCUCGCUCCCCAAUGGAGAAUAAGCUAGCACGAGCAGACGGCGGCGGCCGCUGUGAGGUUCAAAUAGAGAAUCUUCCCCAUUCUUUACUCGUCGAGAUCUUGUCGAGGCUCGAUUUGGAAUCUCUUUGCUCCGCAGCCCCAGUUUCUAGAACUUUGAGCUUCGCCGUCUCCCAGACUCUCUCCUUUCUUUCCUCCAUCGAUCUCUCCGAUUUUUCUCCUAGUGCGGAGAUCUUAAAUGGGGUAAUCAGAGAGAAUAGAGUCUUCCAAAGCCUCAAACUUGAUUGUAGCCGGCUAGAUGAUUCAGCAAUCGUACUUUUAUCCAGAGAGCAUCUCCAAGAAUUAGUGUUGUUGAAAUGCUUCAAGUUCUCUUCUUAUAUCUUCACUGCAAUUGGAGAUAACUGCCCGAAAUUAAGACUGCUCACAUUGGAAGUGGUUUAUCAGUAUGAGCUUGAAUCUCCUGAUACCUGCAUGAAAGCCAUAGAUCAUAUGCUCAGGAGAUGCUUGCAUUUGGAGUCUCUCUAUAUAAAGUUUCCCAAUCAGUACCUCGGCCCAGGUGAUUCUGAAUUUUUCAAGUUUGUUCUGCCGGAAAAUGUCAAGAUUUUGCUGUUGCAGCCCAUCUCUAACCAGCAAGCAAUGCUCCUCAUUCCCACUUGUUUUAGGUUACAGUCACUUUCUCUUGUUUUGGAUAUAAUAACAGAUGAACUCCUUAUCUCCAUUGCUGGAAAUCUUCAUCUUCUACUUGAGCUAUGCCUUGAAGACAAACCAGUGGAGGAACCAUCAGUGCUUAAUGAUUUGACCAACACUGGUCUUCUGUCAUUAGGCUUUUGUAGUAAGUUGAAACGCCUCUCUCUAACACGUAGUAAAGAAAACUGCCCAUCCUCUUUCAGAAGGGUCAAUGAUAUAGGAAUACUAUUACUUGCGGAGAAAUGCAAGGAACUUGAAUCAGUAAGACUUGCUGGGUUCUCUAAAGUGACAGAUGCAGGAUAUGCUUCUAUUAUUCAUUCCUGCAAGAACCUAAAACAAUUGGAAAUUGUCAAUGCAUUUUUCUUGUCAGAUUUGGCAUUUCAUGAUCUCUCUGAUGCCCCCAGGUCUUUGGUUGAAGUGAAGUUGAUAUCAUGCAAUCUUCUGACUAGUGAAAUAGCAGAAUCUCUUUCCUCUUGUCAAAACUUAGUGACAUUAGAUCUUUCAGGUUGCAAGAGCAUUGCUGAUCAUGGACUGAUGUCAAUUUCCAAACUUUGUAAGCUGACAACACUUGACUUAAGUGGAGCUGAUAUUACUGAUAGUGGUUUAUCAGCACUUGGAAUGGGGAGCUCUCCAAUUGAUUCUUUGUGCCUAAGGGCUUGCAAAAGGAUCACUGAUAGAGGAAUGUCUUUGCUGUUUCAUGGGGAAAGCUCUAUCAGUAGAACUUUAACAACUCUUGAUCUGGGUUAUAUGCCCGGAAUAUCAGAUAGAGCUAUUACUAUAAUUGCUGAAUACUGUAGGAAACUCAGCAGCCUUUGCAUUCGGCAUUGUUUUUUUGUGAGUAAUGCAUCCAUUAAAGCUUUGAGAUCACUUGGAGCAUCUUUAGAUGAAAGAAGAUCCAUUAGGAGGCUGGAUCUCUAUAACUGCUGUGGAUUAUCCAUUGAUUCACUUGAGUAUUUUGCUCAUCCUUCUUUUCUUGGGCUUCGUUGGCUCGGUGUAGGAAACACUCGGCUGUCUGGUAAAAGCAGGGGAAAGCUUGUGGAACUCUCCAGGAGCCGACCUGGGCUGAGCAUAUGUGUGAGUGGAUGUGCAAUGUUUUGUAAUAUUGGAUGGCAGUUUCAUGAAUGCAUCUGAAACUUCAGAAACUUGCUCUAGCCACAAUUCUAGAUCAUGACUAAUGGCUAGAUUGUAGAUCUGCUAAAUAUUUUGUUCGUGCCUUGGAGUUUCCAAUCUCACUAGGGCACCAGAGACUACAGGAAAAAGGCAUCAAUCGUCAGAGAAGACCCUUCUUCAAUAUCUGCAGUUGCACAUUGUAUUUCCCAGGGCUAUAGUAUUGUGAUCCUAAAUUUUUUUAGGAAUAUAAAUGCCCGUGUGAGUAACAUUCGUCAUUGGCAAUUCAGUUUCUGUGGCCUCCAGUAGACAAGGAUUAGCUAUCUACAUGAAAUAGCGGAAAUUGAAGGGUAUGGUUUAACAGGAGGUCUAGAGCUUGAUACUUGAAUGUGGUAAGACUUCAAGUUGGAUAUUGUGAUUUAUGAUGAUGAUGUUUGUUCAGUUUCUUCAGGAUCAUGAUUCUCUUGCAAAGGCCAAGGAGUCGAAGGAGAAGUGUACUUCCAGGCACCUUCUCGGACGUUUCUGUAAUAUUUUCAAUUUUGAACACUUGGAUGCAGAAUUCCUGCAUAAGACUUGACAACGUACAUCUUCUCCCAUGAAGUGUUGAUGAAUCUCUUGUAGACGAAAAAUUGGUUUCUCUGUAUAUGCACAUCUUAUGGGUAAAUAAAUUUCAUCAUGGCUUUCUAAAGAGUGAUUGCAACAGGUUUGUUCUGUAUGCCUUUUGUUAUCUGAUAUUGACCAUCAUAAGCUCCUGCAGGUGGUAGUGCUUGCCAGAAAAUUCCACGAUAUUGAGAUUACUUAGAUUGUCCUCUUGAGAUCAAUUCAGUAUAAGAGAUAUUUUAGUCCUUGUAACUCGAUCUUAUAUGACACAGAAAUUGUUUCUUUUUUUUUUUAAGAUUCUUGCAUUUAGCUUCUGUUAGAAUUAGUUCUUGGGUUAUCGGGUUAGGGCCCAUUAACCCAUUAGCUUAUUACCCAUAUGUAACCCUAUAUAUACCCAUGGAGAUGAAUGAAAUAGAUGCUCUGAUUUUUCUCACUUCUAACAUGGUAUCAGAGAGGUUCUCCAAAACCCUAACCCUACCACCUCCAAAACCCUAGCCGCCAAACACCAAAAAAAAAAAAAAAUAUUGCUACUGUUCUACGGAACCCUAAUCCUCACCUUCCUCCUUUCAGAUCCCGAUCCUGGUCCUCCACCUUCGUCCUCGUCUUCUUCGCGAGCCGCUGCUGCCAGAUAUCUUUCGAACCUCGCCCUCGUCUUCAAAGCUCGCCGCUGCUUUGCUCGCGAUCGCCUUCGAAGCUCGCUGACCCCCGAUCUCCUUCGCGCUCGUCAUCGCCGCCCUUGGAUCCCUCUCCGAAGCUCGCCGACGCCUUGAUGUCUCCGAAGCUCGCUGACCCCCGAUCUCCUUCGCGCUCGUCAUCGUCGCCCUUGGAUCGCCUUUCGAACCUUUUUUUUUUGCGUGUUGAAUGUCGCUGUUAGUCUGAGAUUUUUUUUUCGUUUUUGUUGUUUUUCGUUUUUUGUUGGUUGUGGGCCGCUGUUUAAUUUGUUGGGCUUCUGUUUA